UAUUCGAAUACUUUUAACUAUCACAAAAUAAAAGUAUUGAUUUCAACAAAUUUUUGGUUUUUGUUUCUCCUUUUCAGUUUAUCAAGGCCUUCGGUUUUUUCGCCGUUGGCUUUGGAGAAAUUUCAAACUGUAACAACUUUUUGUUUGAAGUUCAAAUUGUAACAACACGGUUAGAAUUACUUUUCUUUUUCUUUGUUUUUUCUGUGCUUCUGAGUUUCUCAUAAAUGGCCAAUGUGAAACAAAGUGGUUUAGUUUACCUCCAUGGAGAUCUUGAACUCCAAAUCAUUGAGGCACGAUACUUGCCCAACAUGGACCUUCACUUUGAAAGGAUCCGUCGUGUUUUCAACACAUUAAAUUUGUUCGAUAAGCAUAGUUCUUCUCCUAAGGGUAGCCAUAGGCGUACACGUAACAAUAUAAUCACUAGUGACCCAUAUGUAACUGUUUGCCUCGCCGGGGCCACGGUAGCCCGUACCCGUGUUAUUUCAAAUUCCCAAAAUCCUGUCUGGAGCGAGCAUUUUAAAAUUCCAUUGGCACAUCCAGUCUCUCAAAUUGAGUUUUAUGUAAAGGAUAACGAUGUAUUCGGAGCAGAUCUGAUCGGAAUCGCAACAGUCUCUACUGCUAAAAUUAAACUGGGUGAGACGAUCAACGGAUGGUUCCCGAUCAUUGGCUCGCCGAAACCAGAUUCUGCUGUUCGAUUGGAAAUGAGAUUUGUACCGUAUGAAAAGAACCCUCUUUAUAAUCAUGGAAUUACAUCAACAGGAGUGGCUAAUUGUUAUUUUCCAGUGAGGACUGGUGGGCACGUCACUUUGUACCAAGACGCGCACGUGCACGACAACAUGCCAGAAAUUGAGUUAGAAGACGGAGUUUUGUACCAGCACGAGCGAUGCUGGGAAGACAUAUGCCACUCAAUUUUGGAGGCUCACCACAUGGUCUACGUUAUUGGUUGGUCCAUUUUCCACAAAGUGAAGUUGGUGAGGGAUCAGUCGCGGAAACUACCCAAUGGCGGGGAUCUCAGUCUCGGUGAUCUGUUAAAGUAUAAAUCACAAGAAGGUGUCAGGGUGCUGUUGUUGGUAUGGGAUGAUAGAACUUCUCACAGCAAAUUUUUCAUUAACACGACGGGAGUAAUGCAAACGCAUGAUGAAGAAACUCGGAAAUUCUUCAGGCGCUCUUCAGUUACGUGUGUGCUAUCGCCCCGUUACGCUAGUAGUAAGCUUAGCAUUUUCAAGCAGCAGGUUGUGGGCACUGUCUUUUCGCAUCAUCAAAAAUGUGUAAUUGUCGAUACACAAGCAUCCGGUAACAACAGAAAGAUAGCUGCUUUUAUUGGAGGACUUGAUCUGUGUGAUGGUCGAUAUGACACACCUGAACAUAGACUUUUCAAGGGUUUAGACACGGUCUUCCAGGGUGAUUACCACAAUCCCACAUUUUCAGGAGGAACCAAAGCACCUAGGCAACCGUGGCAUGAUCUUCACUGCAAAAUUGAAGGGCCAGCAGCUUACGAUAUACUCAUAAACUUUGAGCAACGUUGGAAAAAAGCUACAAAAUGGUCUGAGAUUGGACAAAAAUUCAAGAGGGUGACUCGCUGGCACGAUGAUUCUCUGAUAAAACUGGAACGAAUCUCGUGGAUUUUAAGCCCGUCUACAGCAGUUCCAACAAAUGAUACUUUAUGGGUCUCUAAGGACGAUGAUAAGCAAAACUGGCAUGUUCAGGUCUUCAGGUCUAUUGACUCAGGAUCACUGAAAGGAUUUCCUAAGGAUGUUCAUAAAGCUCACGCACAGAAUCUAGUGUGUGCUAAGAAUCUUGUGAUUGAGAAGAGUAUACAAACAGCUUACAUCCAAGCUAUCAGAUCUGCACAACACUUUAUAUAUAUCGAGAAUCAAUAUUUUAUUGGAUCAUCAUUUGUAUGGCCGAAUUACAAAGAAGCAGGUGCUGAUAAUCUAGUUCCCAUAGAACUUGCACUGAAGAUUGCCACCAAGAUAAGGGCGAGAGAAAGAUUUGCAGUAUACAUAGUGAUUCCAAUGUGGCCUGAAGGAGAUCCUUCUUCGGCGCCUGUACAAGAAAUUCUCUACUGGCAGGGGCAAACAAUGCAAAUGAUGUAUGAGAUCAUAGCACGGGAAAUAAAGCACAUGGACCUUGAGAAUGUUAACCCUCAAGACUAUCUCAACUUUUAUUGUUUAGGUAACCGUGAGGAGCUGCCAUCUGAUCAAAAUUGUGUAUCAAGCAGCGGCGAAAUGGUCCCAGCAUCUCAAAAAUGGGGAAGGUUUAUGAUAUAUGUACACGCGAAGGGAAUGGUAGUUGAUGACGAGUAUGUGUUAUUAGGCUCUGCAAAUAUCAACCAGAGAUCAAUGGCAGGAUCGCGAGACACAGAGAUAGCAAUGGGAGCCUACCAAAACCACCAAACAUGGGGCCAUAGGAAUAAACACCCUCGUGGCCAGGUUUAUGGUUACAGGAUGUCGUUGUGGGCAGAGCACAUGGGAAAGAUAGAUGAUAUAUUCAAAGAACCUGAAACCCUGGAAUGUGUGAAGAGAGUUAAUAUGAUAAGUGAAGAUAACUGGAAGAAAUACACAGAUGACAGUUUCGUUCCUUUACAAGGACAUCUUCUUAAGUACCCACUCUCCGUUGAUCACACUGGAAAAGUAAUCCCUUUGUCUGGUUUCAAUUCGUUCCCUGACGUUGGAGGUAAAAUUCUUGGUACUCGAACCAAUCUUCCAGAUGUUCUCACCACAUAACUCAACUACAACAUUGGCUUGUUACAUAUACAUUCGUGCAAAGCCUAUUAUUUGUUCACUAUAUACAAAAUUUGGGACGUUAGUUUCUUUUCGUUUAUCAGCAUGAAGGUUUAUAAUUGUAAUCAAAAUCUCGAAAA